CCCGCCGCACUCCGCACUCGGCCGCCUGGGCUGCGGAGACGGGCGGGUGCUGGCGCGGGCUCUGCGGGCCGGAGCCGAGUCCGGGCCAGAGCCCGAGCCGCAGCGGCAGGCCAGAGACCUGUGCGUGGAGAUGGCGGCCGCGGCGGCCGUUUCGGCGGCGGAAGGGAUGGAGCCGCGGGCGCUGCAGUACGAGCAGACCCUGAUGUAUGGACGAUAUACUCAAGACCUUGGGGCCUUUGCCAAAGAGGAAGCUGCUCGGAUCCGCCUGGCAGGGCCUGAGCCUUGGAGGGGUCCACCUUCCCCUCGGGCUCCCCCAGAGCUCCUGGAAUAUGGACAGAGCCGUUGUGCCCGAUGCCGCAUCUGUUCCGUGCACUGCCAUAAGUUCCUAGUGUCCAGGGUUGGUGAAGAUUGGAUCUUCCUGGUCCUGCUGGGGCUACUCAUGGCACUGGUCAGCUGGGUCAUGGACUAUGCCAUUGCCGCCUGUCUGCAGGCUCAGCAGUGGAUGUCCCGAGGCUUGAACACCAGCAUCUUGCUCCAGUACCUGGCCUGGGUCACCUACCCCAUUGUCCUCAUCACUUUCUCCGCUGGUUUCACACAGAUCCUGGCCCCACAGGCUGUCGGGUCUGGCAUCCCUGAGAUGAAGACCAUCUUGCGGGGGGUGGUGCUGAAAGAAUACCUCACCCUCAAGACCUUUGUAGCCAAGGUCAUCGGGUUGACCUGUGCCCUGGGCAGCGGGAUGCCCCUUGGCAAAGAGGGCCCUUUUGUGCAUAUCGCAAGUAUGUGUGCCGCCCUGCUCAGCAAAUUCCUCUCCCUCUUUGGGGGCAUCUAUGAGAAUGAAUCCCGGAACACAGAGAUGCUGGCUGCUGCCUGUGCAGUGGGAGUGGGCUGUUGUUUCGCAGCACCUAUCGGAGGCGUCCUGUUCAGCAUUGAGGUUACUUCCACCUUCUUCGCUGUGCGUAACUACUGGCGGGGCUUCUUUGCUGCCACCUUCAGUGCCUUCAUCUUCCGGGUCUUAGCGGUGUGGAACCGUGAUGAAGAGACCAUUACAGCUCUCUUCAAAACCCGAUUCCGGCUUGAUUUCCCCUUUGACCUCCAGGAGCUGCCAGCCUUUGCUGUCAUCGGUAUUGCUAGUGGCUUCGGGGGAGCACUCUUUGUGUACCUGAACCGGAAGAUUGUCCAGGUGAUGCGGAAGCAGAAAACCAUCAACCGCUUCCUCAUGAAGAAACGCCUGCUCUUCCCAGCUCUGGUGACCCUGCUCAUCUCCACUCUGACCUUUCCCCCUGGCUUUGGACAGUUCAUGGCUGGACAGCUCUCACAGAAAGAGACACUGGUCACUCUGUUUGACAACCGGACAUGGGUCCGCCAGGGCUUGGUGGAAGAGCUAGAGCCACCUGGAACCUCACAGGCCUGGAGCCCACCGCGUGCCAACGUCUUCCUCACCCUGGUCAUCUUCAUUCUCAUGAAGGUCCCACAGGGUGGAGCUGGGACCAGGGGUUGCCUCUACUUGUCUGAAGUGCCUCCUACCUGCAGUUCUGGAUGUCUGCACUGGCCACCACCAUCCCAGUGCCCUGCGGGGCCUUCAUGCCUGUCUUUGUCAUUGUACCCCAGCCCUCCCCCUCUACCUGUUUCUCUUCCCAUCCUCCUCCCUGAAGGAGCGGCAUUUGGGCGUCUGGUGGGCGAAAGUAUGGCUGCCUGGUUCCCAGAUGGGAUUCACACAGACAGCAGCACCUACAGGAUUGUGCCUGGGGGCUACGCGGUGGUGGGGGCAGCUGCACUGGCAGGAGCAGUGACACACACAGUGUCCACGGCCGUGAUUGUGUUCGAGCUCACAGGCCAGAUCGCCCACAUCCUGCCCGUCAUGAUCGCCGUCAUCCUGGCCAACGCCGUUGCUCAGAGCCUACAGCCCUCACUCUAUGACAGCAUCAUCCGAAUCAAGAAACUGCCCUAUCUGCCUGAGUUGGGCUGGGGCCGCCACCAGCAGUACCGCGUACGAGUGGAGGACAUCAUGGUGCGAGAUGUUCCCCAUGUGGCCCUCAGCUGCACCUUCCGUGACCUGCAGUUGGCACUGCACAGAACCAAGGGCCGUGUGUUGGCCCUGGUAGAGUCCCCUGGUGAGACCAGGAGGGGGCCCAGAUGCUAAGGGCAUCUCUUAGGG